AUGGCUCGCAACAACACCCAAGAGGCCGACAGGGUCAAGGACACCGAGCCUCAGAUCUUUGAAGAUGAGAACCCUGAAAAGCCCAUCCCCCGUAACACAGGCAGAAUCGACUACUCCGGUGCGCAGGAGAAGACUGAUCCCAAGGAAAUUGCCCUUGUGAAGAAGUUGGACAGAUGGAUUAUGCCGAUGCUCUGGUCCAUGUACUGGCUCAACGGAACCAUGAUGAUGCUCUGGGCUGUCGUUAGCGCCCUGACUGCGGUGUCCAAAGACUUCACCGGCCUCCUCCUGACCAGAUUUUUCCUUGGACUCACAGAAGCCCCCUACUACCCCGGAGCCGUUUACCUUCUUUCCAUCUUCUACACCCGUAAGGAGGUUGCAACCCGCAUCGCCAUCCUGUACACCGGAAACAUCCUCGCCACUGCCUUCGCUGGUCUCAUUGCUGCAGGCAUCUUCCACGGCAUGGAUGACCUUGGAGGCCUUGCUGGCUGGAAGUGGCUAUUCAUCCUGCAGGGUGCUGUGACCUUUGUCAUAGCUGUUAUUGGCUUCUUUCUUCUUCCUGAUUUUCCUCAGACCACCAAGUGGUUGACGCAGGAGGAGCGCGACCUCGCCUACAACCGAAUGGAACUCGACACCGUUGGCAACAAGGGAGAAACCAGCAUAUGGAACGGUCUGCGUCAAGCUGCCGCGGACCCAAUGGUGUGGAUUUUCUGCGCGAUGGCCCACAUGCAUCUCGCUGCCAAUGGCUUCAAGAACUUUUUCCCCACUGUAGUCGAGACCCUUGGCUUCAACACUACCAUCACGCUCGUCCUCACUUGCCCUCCUUACCUCAUCGCUGGUGCCGUCACUAUUGCUGUUUCAUGGUCCUCCGGCAAGUACAACGAGCGAACAUGGCACAUCACCAUUUCCAAGGCUGUUGCUGUAGUUGGCUUUGUUUCAGCUUGCGCUACGCUCGACGUGGCCGGCAGAUAUGCAUCGAUGGUCAUCUUCACUAUCGGAACAUACGGCGUCAACAGUCUGAUUCUUGGUUGGUGCGGUAGCGUCUGCGGACAGACCAAAGAGAAGAAGGCAGCCGCUAUAAGCGCGGUUACGAUGAUUAUGAAUAUUAGUUUCAUCUGGACACCUUAUCUUUGGCCUAGCAGCGAUGAGCCUCGUUACGUCAUUGCCAUGUCGAGCAGUGCCGCGUUCAGUAUCGCAACUGCUGCGCUUGCGUGGGUCGCCAAGAUCAUCAUGAAAAGACGAAACGCGAAGCUGAGAGCCUCCAACGAUGAGACGACUGUCUUCUACGUUUACUAG